AUGCAUGUCGGGCGUUCAGCCACCGUGACAGGUCACCGUAUCAUAUGCAAUAUGCACUUCUCUGCAGUCUCGCCGGCCGACACAUCAUACAUCGAACAGAUGGCCGUACUACUUCAUCAACGGGUGCUCCCAGUACGCUCAGUCAUCCUCCUUGGGUUCUUUGGCCGCGAUCUGUCACAACCUUGUCUCGGCAGAGGCGGGGCUCCCUUCCGUCGCGUCAGGAUCGGUUCAGCCAUCGUUCAAUCAGACAUGAUCCGAAGGCAAAAGGGCCAAUGGCCUCGGUGGGCCUGCGGCAACCGUCUCCGUCACGUCCCCAUAAGGGUCCAGCUACGGAGUACUCAAGCUCAUUAUAGCCACGAAGUACCGCAAUGUGGCAAGGCUGCCUUUGAUCUAGACUCGACCAAGUCACUACCUGACAUCUGCCAUGUGGGUAGCAGGAACGAUGGCCAGCAAUGGCGUUGUGUUCCUCGCAACUGUUUUCCGACCCCAGUAUUGGGAGGUGCCGUCGCAUGUCCGGUGCAUCGCUUUGAGAUAUUCGGUGGUCCACGUAGAACGAACCGCCCUCCAGCCACUCCGGGCCUACGGUACUCGACCAUCCGCUAUUGA